AUGAGUGUGAGUCACGCGACGGUGCAUCCCGUGCCAGUGGAAGCGCCGCCGUUGCAGACGGAGGACGCGAACCACCCGCCUUUGGCUGCCGGAGUAAGGAUGAAGGAUACCCAAGGCAUGCCCGGCACAAUCGGCGGCCUCUUUUUGCGUUUCGCUCAGUUUAUAUUCGCGGCGGUUUCUCUCUCCGUCAUGGCCACCACCAGUGACUUCCCUUCCGUCACCGCCUUUUGCUAUCUUGUUGCGGCUGCUGGAUUGCAGAGCAUGUGGAGCCUCGUGCUGGCGAUUGUUGAUAUCUAUGCUCUCUUAGUUGGACGGAGCUUGCAAAAUUACCGAGUUGUGAGUUUAUUUGCUGUUGGUGAUGGGGUCACAUCAACCCUCACAUUUGCCGCAGCCUGUGCAUCUGCUGGCAUCACUGUUCUUAUAGGCAAUGAUCUUGGUAGUUGCGGUCAAAAUCAUUGUACAGAGUUUGAAACUUCAACAGCCAUGGCUUUCCUGAGUUGGUUUGCUGCUUUACCAUCAUUUUUGUUGAAUUUUUGGUCUCUUGCUUCUAGGUAA